UUCAAUGGAAGAGAGAAUGCUUGCGUAAUUAUUCCUCGGUGUAACGUACCACUGCUUAGCUGCAAAAAUUCUUACAUUUCCUCUCUCUCUAAGUACAUUAUUCAGUUUUCUGUUUGUUGAAAAUUCCUUUACUUUCCAUUGAAGAAGAACAAGGGUUCCAGAUUUUCAUCCCUGUAAGACUCCCUUUUUCCUUCUCCUCCCCACUCUGCUGUUCUUCACUCGAGUUAUAGUUCAUGGCUUGUAACAUUUAGCUUGUUUAGAGCUGCUGAAGAAAUGGGCUUAAUGUUUUAGCUUCUGUAACUGUAAAUAGUUCAUAGUUUAGUUUCAGGUUUUGAGUUUGUCUCACUUAUGGAAUUGAAAUGGGAUGUUCCUGUUUGUCACCCCUGGAAACCCUCAAAAUUACCUACACUGCCACUCUUGCUCUUGCUAAUGCUAUCUCUAUGUAUUUUUAGCCCCUCUCAGUGUCUUGAUCUUGAUCCAGAAGACAAAGCCUCACUGUUAUUGUUCAAGUCAUCCCUUCAAGACCCUGGCCAGAGCUUAGCGACCUGGUUUGGGUCAAACUGCACCAGCUGGACCGGUAUUUCUUGUGAAAAUCGGACCGGUCAGGUUGUUUCUGUGAACCUGGCUAAUAUGAAUUUGUCUGGUAACGUGCACCCUGGUUUAUGCGAACUACCAUUUCUUGAAUACUUGAAUUUGUCUGAGAAUAACUUCAAUGGCUCAAUUCCAACAUGUUUUGGUUCAUUGGGUAGUCUUAAGACUCUUGAUCUUAGUCACAAUAGUUUUGGUGGGUUUCUACCUGAUGAGAUCACGAGGCUUAGGCAAUUGAGGGAACUUGUGUUGAAUGGAAACCGGGAACUGGGUGGCGUUUUGCCUUGGUGGAUUGGUAACUUUUCGAGCAAUUUGGAAAAACUUGAUUUGGGUUCAAAUUCGUUUCAUGGGGAGAUGCCUGACAGCUUAUUUUACUUGAAGUCUUUGAGGCACUUGGAUCUUGGAGACAAUUGUUUAUCAGGCAAUAUUCAUGAGUUUUAUCAGUCGUUGGAGUUUCUCAAUCUUGCUUCAAAUCAGUUAUUUGGUACUUUGCCUUGUUUUUCUGCUUCUACACAGAGUCUAACUGUUUUGAUAUUGGCUAACAAUUCUCUUGUGGGAGGAAUACCUACUUGUGUUACCUCACUGGAAGUAUUGGCACAUCUUAAUCUAUCAUUUAAUCACCUGAGUUAUCAUAUAUCUCCGAGACUUGCGUUUAAAGAAAAGUUGCUUGUGUUAGACUUGAGUUUCAAUGAUUUUUCAGGUCCUCUUCCUGGCAAAAUUGCGGAAGCAACUGAAAAAUCAGGGCUUGUUCUUCUGGACCUCUCUCACAACCAGUUUUCUGGUAAAAUUCCAUUGAUGAUCACCGAGCUGAAAAGCUUGCAAGCAUUGUUUCUUUCUCAUAAUCUCCUUACGGGGGCUAUUCCAGCAAGGAUUGGAAAUUUGACUUAUCUCCAAGUAAUUGAUCUGUCACACAACUUCUUAUCAGGUUCAAUUCCAUUAGAUAUUGUUGGGUGUUUUCAGUUACUCGCAUUGAUACUCAAUAACAACAAUCUUUCUGGUGAAAUUCAUCCUGAGCUUGAUGCAUUGGAUGGCUUGAAGAUAUUGGAUGUAAGCCACAACAAGAUUUCUGGUGAAAUCCCACUAACCUUGGCAGGGUUAAAAUCACUAGAGAUUGUAGAUUUUAGCUCCAACAACCUCUCUGGAACACUGAAUGAUGCAAUAACCAAAUGGUCAAACCUCAAGUAUCUCUCCUUAGCUCAUAACAAAUUCAGUGGGAAUUUACCUAGCUGGCUAUUCACUUUUGAAGCAAUCCAGAUGAUUGAUUUCUCUGGAAACAAAUUCAAAGGCUUCAUACCAGAUGGUAACUUCAAUAUUAGCUUCCACAAUAACAAUGGAAACAGGGAUAGAGCACCUAAAGAGCCAUUUAUUGCAAUGAGAAAUGCUGAGAUAAAAAUUUCUGUCAUGGUCAUCGAUAGUAGUGAAUUAAGCUUCAACUACAAGGUGUCCCCAAUAGUUGGAAUUGACUUGUCGGAUAAUUUAUUACAGGGUGAGAUUCCAGAUGUUCUCUUUGAAGUUGAAGGAUUGGAAUAUCUAAAUUUAUCUUAUAACUUUCUCAAUGGUCAGCUUCCUAGGUUGGAGAAAAUGUGGAACUUAAGGGCCUUGGAUUUGUCACAUAAUUCAUUAUCCGGCCAGAUCCCUGGAAAUAUCUCCACCCUUAAAAAUCUAGUACUGUUGAAUUUAUCAUAUAACAGUUUUUCUGGAUCUGUUCCUGUUAACCAGGGAUAUAGGAGAUUCCCAGGAGCAUUAGCUGGUAAUCCGGAUUUGUGUGUGGAGUCCUCUGUUGAGGGAUGUGACAGAGCAAGCCUCCCUGCUGUGCCUGGGAAGACAUUUGAAGAAGUUGAGGGACCAAUAUUGGUUUGGGUGUUCUGUGUAAGUGCUUUUGUUAGUUUCUAUUUUGGUGUAGUGGCUCUCUUUUGUACAGCCCGAGCAAGGAGUUACAUACUCCAGACAAAAGUUUAAUGCAUUGAAUGCUUUCUUCUGUACAUUUAUAUUUCUCUACUUUACAUUGCCAAUUUUCUUACUGAGAUUAAACUCAUGCUCACCAAAUUGCAAGGUAUGGCAUCUCAAAGAUAGAUUCUCUUUAUCUGCUAAUAUUUAAUCUAACUGUUCGAUGUAUAACAGCUUCUAGCUAUUAAGAUUGAAUGACUUGAUGUCAAUGAUUAGAUUCUAAUUUCAAUUAUG